CCGCCAACCCUUCGGAGUCUGCGCUGCCAUUAUUCCGUGGAAUGUACCUAUGAUCAUGUUCGCCUGGAAACUCGGACCCUGUCUCGCGGCUGGAAACACCCUCGUUCUCAAGUCCUCCGAGAAGGCUCCUUUGACCUCCAUCAAGAUGGCCGAACUUAUCCACCAGGCUGGGUUCCCACCGGGUGUGAUCAACAUCAUUGGAGGCUUCGGUCCCACCGCCGGUGCAGCGAUGGCCAAACACAUGAAAGUUCGCAAAAUCGCAUUCACCGGAUCCGCCCGCACCGGAAAACUCAUCCAAGAAAUGGCCUCCCAAUCCAACCUCAAGAACGUCACACUCGAACUCGGCGGCAAAUCCCCUUGUGUCGUCUUCGACGAUGCAGACAUCGACGCCGCAGUCGCAGGCUCCCAGUUCUCCAUCCAAUGGAACUCUGGCCAGAUCUGUAUCGCAAACUCCAGAAUCUACGUCCACGAAAAGAUCGCCGAGGAAUUCACCCAGAAAUUCGUUAAAUCGUUCGGCUCGGUCAAGAUCGGUAACCCACUCGACAAAGAUACCCGUCAUGGUCCUCAGGCAGACAAGCUCCAACUCGCAAACAUCAAGAGAUUCCUCGAGAAGGGUAAAGCCGAAGGCGGUGAACUUCUUCUCGGUGGCGCGCAGGUGACUAUGGACGGUACCGAAGCAAGCGGUGACGAAGCAAAGGGAUGUUUCGUCCACCCAACCGUCUUCUCCAACGUCCCCGAAUCCGCAACGAUCGUCAAAGAAGAAAUCUUUGGCCCAGUGCUUGCCAUCAACACCUUUACCUCCGAAGACGAAGUCCUCGCUCGUUGUAACGAUACCGAAUAUGGUCUCUACGCCGCCGUCUACACCAAAUCUCUUGAUCGUGCGAUCAAGUUCGCGAAGGGAAUGGAGGCUGGUACUGUUGGUGUUAACUGCACGAGUCCGUCAGGGCUGUUUGUGGAUAUGCCGUUCGGUGGGUUUAAGCAGAGUGGUGUUGGCAGGGAGUGUGGAAUGGACAGUUUGCACCACUGGAGUGAGGUCAAGACUGUCGCGAUCAAGUUGUCGUAGUCGUCUUCCUCUCCUCUCUGAUAGGUCUCAGUGUACGAUAGGAUAGGAAGUAGCCGUAUGAGUGUGAUAGUUGUCUGAAUAUCUGAGUAUAUGGAUACCCUCACAUCAUGUUCCCUAAUCCUUCGUAUGCGCCAAUAUCGUCGCAAUCAUCUCAUUCCCAAUCUUCGUCGCCUCCUCAAACCUCCCCUCAAAAAACCCCUGCGUAGCCUCAAACCUCUUCCGAUAACUCCCAAAAUCCCCGAAACCAACACACUCCGCCCAC